AUGGACGAGCCGCACUUUCGCCGGCUGCUGAAGCUCCAGACACGACGGCGUGAGGCUCUGAUUGGCAGCGAGCUGAAGAUCCGCACGAAGACUAGCCACGUGCUAGCACUCGAAGACAACAGCAGUACUUGGUACACCGUCUAUUGCAUGCACAUUCACCGAGCUUCCGACAGCCGGCACGUCAAUGACGACCAGUGGGUGCUGAGAAAGCGAUAUUCGGAGCUGGAGGCCUUUCGGCGACUGUUUUGCAAGCGAAUCGAAGACUGGGAAAACACUGUUCGUAGGGAAUUCACUCGCAAGCCAGCCGCUCGCAGCCAACAGAUAUAUGCAGUCGUGUCGAACGCGAUGCGUCGUGCUCUAUCACCGUCGUUCCCCAAGAAGCAUUUUCGAUCCGACAACCCUGCGGUAGUGCGAGGAAGAGCUUUGAGACUCCCUGAUUUUGUUCGGAAACUGGUGGGGGUGUACACAGACCUGGCAGUAUUCAAGAGGAAUGGCCAACUGCAGGCUGGUGGGUUUGCUUCUUCUUGGGCGCAGUUGUGCACCAUUUUCUCGGAGCUCGAGACAUUUCUUGAAAUUCCACAGCCUCAAAAAGACGCAGAGAUUCAGCUGCAGUCCGCAGUGUUGGCGCUCAAAGAUUUUACCGACGGCGAGAAUGCGAAAGUUGAAGAGGCUUGUGAACAGGUGUGCCCCAUUUGUCUCAACGGAUACCCGGCGACGGAAAAAGUGCGACCAGUUGUUUCUCUACCAUGCGGUCACCACUUCCACGAAGAUUGCGUUAUUGACUGGUUUAGCACGAGCCCUACAUGCCCGCUCUGUCGCCAAAAUUCACACUCAUGA